ACGCAAGCCCCGAAGACGACGCACCGAUUCUAACCUACGCUCGUUUUUUCUGUAAAAACGCGAUUUUCGAGUGAUUUCGGGUUGCUGCUUCGUCCGGAAAUUCAUCCGCGAUAUUCGUGCGGUAUCAGACAGUUGUUUUCCACGAGGGAACUCCGGUUUUGACAAGAAAACUGGGAUGACUAGUCGCAAGAGUUGCAGGUGUAGGCUACGCAGAAUAUGGGCCUAAAAGCGGCUGUGCAAGCUCUAAAGAAAGCAGAACCACUUAAGGACAAGGUUCAACGUUGCAAGGAUCUACUAAACGAUAAUGAUGCGUGGAUGUGUCAAAGGCAGCUUCAGAAAAUCUACCAGCAAGUCCUCAUCCUUGACCUGGAGUAUGCCUUGGAUCGCAAAGUUGAACAAGAAUUAUGGAACCUUGGCUUCAAGAAUUACAUAGCUAUGCUGCAAUCGCAGGCAAAAGACCGCAGAAACCCCAAACGUGGAGAGUCGCAGGCAAUGCUCAGCUGGUGUUUAGAGGCAGCUAGCGGGUUUUACCUGACCCUAUUGCAAGAGAUAUGCACUGCUUUUGACUUGGAUUUACCGUUUAGAAGAAAAAGUUACGUUUAUGGCUGCAUUUCACCCUGGAAGGCUGUAGAGAAACUGUCAGCUCCUCACAAAUCAUCAUGCUUCUAUGCCUGUCAGUACUGUCUUGUUCAUUUGGGAGACAUCGCUCGCUACCGCAACCAGAACAAGCAAGCCGAAUUAUUCUACCGUCACGCCGUGUCGCUCUCACCAUCCAGCGGUCAGCCAUACAACCAGCUAGCCCUCUUAGAGGCCUCGCGUGGAGACAAGCUCGGCACGGUUUUCCACUACGUUCGCUCGGUGGCUGUGAAGCACCCAUUUCCUGUGGCCACGGCCAACCUGGCUAAAACUUUGUCUUCAGCCUUGAACGAUGCCACUUUCAAUAUUGAGGGAAAAACCAAAUUAACUUCUCAGGAAUAUAUCGCGGUCUUCUUGAAACUUCAUGGAGUUCUAUAUAACUUAGGAGAUUUAAGUGUCGCGACGACGUACGUUAAAUUGUUGAAUGACACUCUGACAGCAUUAGUGGCGACCGAGAGUUUCAGCUCGUGGAGACUUGUACAGAUGUUGGUUAUUAAUUUGUAUGCCCUGCAGCAUACAGCUGGCAUACCGACAGAAAACGCGGAAUUACUGAAGACCGAUCAAUUGAGUUCCGACGAAAAAGUGUCCAGAAACUGUAUUCUUGAUCUGAUUGCUGGAAGUUUAUCUGCUCUGUUGCUGCCUGUUUAUACAAUAAAAAAUGCAAUUGUCAACUAUUUUGCUUUACCAACCAUUAAACUGUGCCUUGACUGGAUUCAACUGAAACCAAAAAUUUUGGAGGAAGCAGCUUUCGCUUCACGACUUCAAAUAUGGCCAAGUCUCUGUGUUCUGUUAAAUGGUUUGCAAAGCUGUGUCGCUGAUUUCGAUUACAAUCAGUACGCCAAAGUACCACUGCCGGAAGAUCGAGACCUCCAGGGUUUUUUGCCUCUGGAGAAGUCUUUCGAAACUCUUCGCUUUACAAAUACGGAUCUGGAGGGCGACGUCGUAAUGUUAAACAAACUUCGCGCCAUGCGGAUCUUACACCUCGGACGGCGCAUAACACAGCACCAAGUAAACGGUGCGACCCUCAUUUCUCUGGGUGUCGGAGACCAGAGUGAAGAGCAAAAAUUUAUCGCAGCUACUGAAGGCACCGGACUGAGCAACGAACUGAUGAAGGAGCUGGAAGAGCUGAGCUUGAACAAAGAGAAGCAACCGAUUGUUGCCAACAGCCCCGUACCUUCGGAGACAGCCAGUAGUAAAGGAUCUUCGGAGAUAGACAGUUUGAUCGCAGAAUUCGGCUUGGAAAAGCGAGGGGGUAUUUUGAAGCCUCAAGGUUCCUUGGAACGCAGUCGCGAUUCUGGUGAGCUCAUUAACACGGAGAACAAUUCCCUUCCAUCGUCGGCACGCAAACCACGUCAAAACGUCGCAAUGCAAGCCAUAAUGCGUCGUGCCGAGACAGAACAAAAACAAGUGACCUUUAAAAAUGUCUCGCCCGUCAUUAUCGAGGAAGACAAGAACAAAUCGACUGCUGCUCCUACGCCCAUUCCCACCGCAAUCGUCACCUCUUCUUCGUCACCCGUUAAAGCUAAUAACGCCAAAAAUAUCAUGGUUUCUGCGUCGACUACAACCAACGGUACUGGAAAUAACAUCCUGACUAGUGCUCCAACGGUUCAGCCACGUCCGCCACUCAUGCCGGUACCAUUGGCUAUACAUACUAAACCAGCGUCAGGGCCUCAACAACAACAGCAGCAGCAACAGAAGCAAUUACAGCAACAACCACAACAACUGGUAGAACAACAGCUAAAACUGGAGAAUAAUUCUAAUCUAUUGAUGGAGAAUAUCCGUCCGGUAUCAACGAUAAACCACAUGUCGUUGUCUGAGAUGCAACUAUCAUCGCUGCAAGGACCGCCUCCUCCAGGUCUCGGUCAGUUUCCACAACAACAGCCUCAGCAGUUACCCCAGACUCAACAGCAACAACAACCUCAGCAACAGCAGGGUCCACUUCCUCCGAAUGCUGGCUGUUUUCCCAACCAGACAUUUAAUGUUCAGACGCCCCAAUUCAACAAAAAUUUCAUGGCCAAUCCAUCUGCCUCGUUGCAACAGUACGCGGUGGCAGGCCAACUGCAAUCUCAGUUUGGCAACGGUCAACCAUCCUCUUCCCAGAGUAUCGCCUUUCCGGCUAACGUACACGUCAAUCAGAGUAGACUGAUUCAACAACAGCAGCAACAACAGGGCAAUGGGCAACCUCCUGCUUCCCAGAAUAUCACUUUCCCUGGCAAUGUACAUGUCAAUCAGAGCAGACUGAUUCAACAGCAGCAACAGCGAGGUAAUUUCACCAGUUUGGCCCAGACCAACUCCAUGCUGACCCAGGGCUUGAAUCUCACUCCUCCGAGUCAGCAACCCCAGCAGCAGCCGAUUGGUCCGAAUAUGGGAUUAAACAUGCAGCAAAAUCCUCUUGGUAUGCAUCCUCAAAAUUUGCUGGCUGGUGCUCAUCGACCCGUAAAUGGUCUAAGCUUGCAAAAUCAUAUGAACUUACCCGCAGUCGCUAGUCUUGCGUCGGCUUAUCAAAACAGCCUGCCAGAUUCUGCAAUAUCCAGUACGGCAGCGGCAAGCAUUCAACAACAGUUGGGCUUCGCUGGAGCUAAUUUUGGACAAAACAACUUUGCUCAGUUGCAACAACAGCAGAAUCAAAUCUCACCAACGACCUAUGGCAACGGACAGCCGCAACAGCCGCAGUUCACCUUUCCCAAUCAGACUCAGGGUCUAAACAAGACCCAACAACAGCAGUCUGCCAACAGUUAUCCUAUCUUCCACGGAUACGAUACGAAAGACUACAAUCCGUGGAAAGAUCCGCAACCACCCCAGCCACCUGUCACUUGGUGGGGUAGCAACAACAUUGCUGCUGGGCAGAUGAUGCAGCAGCAGCAGCAGCAGCAGCAGCAGCAGCAGGCUCUUGGUAAAGACAUGCCGAUGAUCGGUGGCACCGAUGCCUUCCAGAACUGGGCCAAUUCUUCCAGUCCCAGUAAUCAACGCUUGAACAAUGUACCGCUCACACCGGGCAAUAAUUACCCGCAGAACUCGCUGCAGGGUCGGGUUUACGGUGGCAGGAACAACUUUGAGGACAUUAGAUCUUUUGACAUGGAGCAGAAACCGCCACAAUCAGCACCAACUGGUAGUACGUACUCGUUGUUCAGCGGCAAUAGUUGGGGUAUGAACGGCAGCCAGCUGUCCUCGUCGUCAUCCUCCAAUUCAAAUAGCAUGUCGAGCCAGCAGCAAGAUCAGAUGAAAGCUCGGCUAAACCAGCAGUCGCUUUGGUCGGGGCCAGGACCCUCGCCUCUUGAGCGUCUCCUUGAGCAGCAGAAGUCUUUGCGCGAGGGCGGAACCUGAACGGCGCCGCUCCGAAGUGGCGAUCGACCAACGACACGCUAAAUGGAUACCAAUUCUGCACGAAGGGAUGAUAAAAUAACAAAAAAAAAGCAAACGAGAAACCUCUCAAGUUAUAUCAGAAAUACACAGAAAAUUCGCUCACCAGGGCGGCUGUCUUAAAGAUACAGAAGCGUUAACCGACAGGCUGAACGUUCACCAAACCGAAAGAAACGAGCCAACAUAGACUAACAGCACACGUGAACGAGCGCCAAACAAGUACAUUAGUAACAGCAUCCGUCACAUACACAUGAUAAAUCUCUAAUGAGAAAGGAGGAAGAGUGAAGAGUAAAUUUAAUCAAUAUCGACGAAGAAACACUGACAAUUAUAGGGAGAAAAUCCCCAAAUAGAGCAUGAGACGAAAUACGCGUAGGGACUCGACCAAGCCGACCGACAGUGACGGAAAGAAAAUAUGUAUGAAGUGAAUAGACGAAUUCAUCGCGUGUGCACUCGGUUGACGUCGGCACGUGCACGCGCCAGCUACAGUUUAUUUUAUUCAUUGUAUAUGUUGUUAUGUCGCUCACAGCGUUUAGAGUUGAGGAACCUACGCGCGCACAUGACAACAUAUUUCGGUAGAUCGAAGCGUUACUGGAAUAAGAAGGAAACGGCGACAGGCUUGGCCGAUAUUUAUAGAAAGAAAAAGAUAAGAAGAAGCUAGGGGAGAUAUGAUUUUUUGAUAAAUAGUAGAUCGUAUUCUCAACGUUCGUUGCUACUCUUUGAUUUGCAAUCAAGACAUACGGUAGAGGUGACAAUGCUUUUACUUGCCGGGAGACAUCUUGCUUUGUGGCAACCCCUAAAAUUUUAGCACCGGAACACUUAGAAAACGCGUGUGACCUCUAUCAGAAAUCAGAGUAUAGCGGAAGAAAAGAUGCAAUACGAUGAUUAUAUGCCAUAUAAUCCAGCUGCGAAAUAUUUUCAGAGACGCGCGGUAUAGAGCAGUUUGGUCCGAUUUGUUUUCGUUCAAUUAUGGCCUUCCAUUAAUAAUUUUUGUUUUGUCUUUUAUUUACGUUUUGACAGCAAGUAGUAUGUAAUUUUUGCGUUGCAGGUGAAAAAUAAAAAUGGACGAACACUCGGUGGAAUAUUAUUCAUAUAUAUCUGAUUUGACUUAUGACAUUUUAUCAAUUACUCAUGCAAUGAUGCCGCACCGAUUUAUUCGUCUAGAAAAAAGUUUAGUAAAAAAAAAUUAUGAAAAGUUUUUCGAAAUUCACAGUACACGUCAAAUACACAAACGUUUGCAUGUUAAAUUUUAUGAAUUAUAUCAAUAUUGCAGUUCGAUAACAACACGAAAUAUCGCAUAUAGAUUUUGUAAUGUUAAUGACGCGUAAUAACAACAAACAGCUAGAGACUGAUGCAUUAAUCCAAAUGAUAAAAAAAGUUCCAGGCUUGUUUAGUUUAUGUAAAAAGCUGUCUGUAAACAUAAAAAAAAUAAUUAAUAGACUAACUAAUAGCAAUGUAACUAUAUUGCGUUUAAAAAUACCGAAAUUGAUGAUAAUUAUAUUCAUUACCUGCAAAAUACAUUAUGUUGAAAAAUGAAAA